AUGGACUUAGAGGAUGCCCUACUAGGGAUAGAUAAGAAGCCUUCGACAUUGAUGAAGGAAAAGAAGAGGCAUAAAGAUCGAAAGAAUGUGAUGAAGGAGAAGACCGUUGCUGUAUUAUGGAAGAGGCUGGAACAAAUAUAUGGGGAUACUAAAUCUGCAAAGAUGAUUGUGAGUUUGGUUGAUCCGAUUAACCACUCGGUCAGUUAUGGAUUGAUAGAAGGUGACCUGAAGAAUGAGUUCAGCAGUUUCACAGCCAAAUUUGAGGCAACUCCAUUAGGGGAGGGAUGUAAAGUAGGGUUAAGUGUAGUAUACGUAAAGCUGAAUGAGGAUGUUGCACCUUCACAGUCACUGUUUGAUGAGGGAAUCCAACUGAUCAAACUGAUCGGUGCUUACCUGGCUCAAGCUUAG